AUGGAACUAGAAUACCGAUUGAUUUUUAAAGCAACUGGUUUCUUUUCCUUGAUCACUAUUGGAGUUCCAGCUAAUGUAAUCAUUCUCAUAAUAUUUAUCUACCUUAGAUUCAGUGAAAAGAAACUGCUGCCCUCCAAUUGCAUUCUGGCCAUGCUGGCUUUGGUGAACUUGAUGGUAAUAUUUUCCAAAGGUGUUCCCCAGGCUCUCCACUCAGUAGGAUUCAGAAACCUCUUAAAUGACACGGAGUGUAAACUUAUAUCAUUCACGUAUCGAAUUUGUAGAGGAAUGACAAUUUGUGUCACUUGUUUACUGAGUUGCAAUCAAUGGAUUAUAUUAGCCCCACCCUCAAAAACAUGGCUUUAUCUUAAACAGGGAGUUGCACAAAGUUUGCCAUGGAUUAUGCUGUUGCUGUGGUUCAUCAAUAUUGCGAUUUAUCCAUCUUGCUUGAUUCACGUCCGAGCCAUAGCCAACUAUACAACAUCCAUAUACACAUUGCACUUGGAAUUCUGCAACCAUGAUUUCAUGACAUUUGAGUCAUAUGUGGCCAAUGGAGUAGCAAUUGCUUUCCGUGACUUCUUUUUUGUUUGGACUAUGACACUCACCAGCUGCUGUAUUGUAUUCCUGCUAUACAGGCAUGGCAAACGCGUUCAAGGUAUUCGCAGUUCUGACAGAAAUCUUGGCAAAACGAUGGAGUACAAGGCUGCUAGAUCAGUAGUGCUACUGGUUACCAUUUAUGUGGCUCUGUUUGGACUGGACAGCAGCAUUUGGCUUUAUACCCUCACAAUAUCGAGGGUAUCUCCAGUUAUCUCAGAUACUCGAGUGUUUUUCGGAACCUUGUAUGCUGCGCUUAGUCCCAUUGUAAUUAUAAAAACGAAUAAGAAAAUCAAAACAGUGCUUACAUGUAGAAUGAAUAAGAACCUCAUAGCCUCCAUCGAUACAUACACUAACAGUUCAUUUUAA